GAUAUCAAUUUACAAUUUAUGCUCACUCGUUGUUCAUAGCUCACACGUUUCGCAUGUUCCAUCGAUAAUGCAUUUCUGUCGAUGGAUCAGGAACAUUCUGAUCGUUUUAGUUUUAAUGUCCCACGUGUCGCUCAGAAGCUCAUACAGAAUUGUCGGAAAUUUCGAGACUCCGGGUGGCUGUACCUUUGUGAAAUGUAAGAAAAAUGAGCGCUGUGUAAGCAGAAAGUUUUUAUGUGAACGUUAUCCCUGCCCCAGCAUGUUGUACUGCGCAAAGACGCGUACAGAACUGCUGAGAGGACCUGUCUCCUGCGAGUCCGUCAGGUGCACCAAGGGACACGUCUGCGUUAUUAGAGUGGGUCGGUGCAGUUGGAAUGAAUCGUGCAAGGAUAGAGUCGCUAGGUGCGUUACGGAGCAAGAGUAUUUUGAUGGUCCAGCUACGUGCGCUGGAUUCAAUUGUGCCUCAGGUCAACGCUGCAUCCUCAGGGAAUCACUCUGCAAUCGACCUCCAUGCAAAUUAUUCAAGAGCUGUGCCAAUGCUCAAGAGGUGCACGUGUGGAUGGAGAGGUGUAAAUCUCUUGGGUGUUUGUCCGAGUUCGAGUGCUUCCUCCGAAGACCCCAUGACAAUUGUCGAUCAUCAGCUUGUCAACACACACCUGAUUGCACAGCAACGACCGAUAGGGAAUUGCUAGCAACUGAAAAAUGUAACGGCUGGAUAUGUCCCAAAGGUCAGCAAUGCGCUUAUCAAGUUCAAAGCCCUUGUACAAGCGACAAUUGUAGAAUUACUCGGUCAUGUCACGGUCGGACAACGCCAAUGAAUGAUUCAUCACUGCCAACUGCCUAUUAUCGGCAAAUGGGAAAAGUGAGAUUCAUCGAUUCUACUCCAUCUCCUACUGCAACUCCUUGGGAUAAUUUUCGAAUCAGGAGUAAUGCACAAGCUAUUAAUUACCUGAUGAAAGAGGCCGGGGAAUCUCGGUUUAAUCGCACGGAAUUUCUACAGUGGCUGAACUCGGUGAAGAAUAUUCUCGGUCAAAAGGCGUAUGAUCUAUGGCUGGAUGAAAUACGAACAAUUACUGUUCGCAACAAGCCGUUUCAUGACUGGUUUCCAACACUCAAUUCACGAAAUUCUACCGGAGAAAUUAUGCAACAGGGGAAACCGUUCUGGAAUAUUUUGAGGGGAAAUGAUUAUCAUUCGGAGCGUGAACGGGCUUUAGAAAACAAGAUUUUUGGUGUUAAACAUGGAAAUGUGUCGGGAAAUAUUUUUAUGGAUGAGAGAAUUCCGAUUGAAUUGAAUCGGUUGAUGAAUAAAUUGAGGGAGGGACACAAUAUUUACUUGGACGUCAUGAACAAGACAAAAGAAUUGGUAUCGACGAUGGAAAAAUUAGUGCCAGUGUCUCACCUCGAUGGAGUCACCGGAAGGAUCCAGAAACCCCCGGAGACCCGGAAGUUCUUGAAAGAAAUCCCAGAUAUUAAACCAGAAAAAAAUACAACUCCGAGUUCCCCCGUGGUCGAGGAUUACGAGAUCGGGGAUUAUUCUGACGAUAACAACACCGAUUUUGUACUCGUGGAUUACGGCGAGGGCAAGCAAAUUAAUAUCAAUCAAACCAUCCCCAGGGUAGUCAUCAGGGUGGAGAACAACAUGCAUCAGCCAAUAAAAAUCGGGAACGUUCAGUUGGAAUACGAAGAAAAUGAGAGUCCAAAUGUGCAAAACCAGACACGAUCGGUGUACGACCAUGACGAUUACGAUGUCAACGAGUACCAGUACUUCAGAUCACCGGCGUCAAAAACUAGUACAAAAACAAAUAGAUAUCCGUGAAAUUAUUUAUUAUUCUCGACGUUAACGCGACGUGCGUUAGAAAGGCUUUUUAUAUAUAUAAAAAAAAACAAGUAGGAGAGACUGCACAAACAGCAUUACAAUGUGUCCUGACAAUUUUUUUCGAUGAAAGAAUUCAGCGCAAUUAGACGCUGCGGUAUGAUGUGUAAUUGGGUUGAAAUAAUCAUCACUGGAAUUUAUCCGCAAUAGUUUUUUUCAAUUGACUUUUUUUUUCAAUUUAUCUCCACAUUUGUUGAGAGCAUUAAUUACUGGCAGUGGAAUUGGAAAGGAUUAUUCAUUUUUAUGGGAAUUUUCAGCGAGAAGUGAUAAAUUGUGCGGUUCUCUCGAUUUUCUAGAAGUCAGGGACUAUUUUUAUUUUCAAGCCGAGUAUUCGUAGGUCAUUCUCAGUUCAGGCAAUCAUUAAUGGAAAUUAUGUGAACCGGUUCUCAAAGAUACUUUAUCACGCUAUUGACGCUGAAUGGACAGUGAACCUAAAAAAAUAGGAGGUACUUUAAUUUUUGCCAUCAGUCGUAAUUGUUGAAUACUCGCCAUCAUUUUGAUAAACAAAAUUCAAGUAAAAUUGGAUAUUCCCGAGAUGUGAAGAUCAAAAUCCUUGAAGAACUCGGAACUACCGACGAACGUUCCCUUGAACAUUGAAAGUAUGCGAAAGUUCAAUAGUUCUGACACAUGAGUUAUUAAAAAAAAUUAAAUUUAUGAAUUAUAUUAUGUUGAGGUUUUACUCGCACUUGUAAUUUUUGUAUUUAUUCCACAAAAUGAAAUCGAAUGAGAAAUUCCUUCGACGUCCGAUUCCUUCAACUAUUCAUGAAUUUUCAAUUUCUUCCCAGCACUGUAGCCUGACCCCACACCUUUUCAGUAUUUGCGAGACUCUGGUUAUUGCUCUGGCUCCUUUUCAUCAAAGGUCCACAUCCCUGGGAACGUAUGAGAUUUGUAAAGCAGGUUUAA